UACACGCACAUUAAACCGAAUCUACCCAUGCGAGGCAAUGACUUAUUUACUCUGCUGAAGUGAUUGUCACGGUCCAAAGACGUAACUCAGCUUGAACUUCACUAUGAAGGGUUAGGCUACCCUAAAAGCGACAACUGUUUUUUGCGCACCAGGUUAUAUUCUGUGACGUUGCGUAAACACAGUGCAUGGAAUCCUCAUUUUAGUUCCCAUGGCUGUGUCAGUUGGUCUGUAUAUUCUAAACUGGGUUCCAAAACAUAUUCAAACAAAGCAUUCCAACGUUUAUAAUUUAUUACAUUGACCCGGAAAUGCAAUCAAAGAUUGGUUAGGCCAAGUGAUAUGAUGUUUGCGGCUAAAUUUGGGAGACACCAAAAACGUCGCUGGGAUGCAUGGGCACCUUUUCCCCGGUCUGUGUGGAUUCAUCCGAACACGCCUAAAGACGACUUAGAUAGGAUAUGUUUUCAAAUUUGGACGAGGAUUCAAUCUCCAGGACAAGACCUACGGUCAGUUUCACCAGAUAAUAUAAACAAGCCCUCCGAAAUAAUAGUGAAUUCUCAAACUACACCACUCAACGAUGUAUCCUAUGCCUGCAACAGCAGUACAGCCGCUCCCACCGAUGGCACCAAAAUCACGAUCCCCGGGCGACACAAAGGUGAGCUGCAUUCUGAGCAAAAUAAGAUCAAUCAGAUUGUCCAGCAAGAGUUCAAGGGUUUGCCGAAGGGACAGAACAUUUGGCCCAGGGGUUCGCAGGUCCACAGGGAUUUCUCCUGCCACAGUGAGGACCCACAUGACUCCAAGCAGGAUGGCUCCUCCACAGAGGAGAGGCAACAGAGGAGUCCCGGGAAGCUCCUGAAGAGAGUCCAAGGUCCGAAGGGCAAGGGCGUCCCCUGGCUUCCGGUAAUAGAUGAGUACCCUCCGCUCCCAUGCCCCGCCCAGCCCUGGAACGGAAGGGUGUACCAGAGGUCCCCAGCCGCCUGGCCCUCGCCUCCAGGCUCCAGCAACACGGGGGGCGCUCAGAACGUGAAGGAGAUCCAGGACUUCCUGAGGAACGUCCUGCUCAAACCGGGCCAGGACGAGACUCCUCCAAACCAGCAGGGCUUCCUCCAGGGCCAGUCCGUUCCCAAAGGAACUAUGCGGACAGAGACGUCCCCACUGCAUGUUGUGUUUAACGAGAAGAGUGAUAUUCCAGAAGCCGAGACAAGGCGCUGCCAGACACAUACAGGUGCUGCUAUACCAUCGGUCAGCAACCAUAACCUGAAUGCAGAUGGCCUGUGUGUGGACUUUCAAUCAUUUGGCACAGCUGAAGACAGAGAAAUAAGGCCAGCUGGCCCUUGCGACAAAGUGAAGCUCCACCCUUGCCUGGAAAGAACCACCAGGCCUGAAACCAAAAUGACAGGUGCAGCUAGCUGUGACACCUAUCCCAAACAGAAUGCAGGAGCCUUUAAAAGCAUCCCCCCUCAAGGAGCCACAGAAUUGGGAAGCCACCACAGGUCUGCCGGGAACACGGUGUUACCUGGCCCUCACGCCCUAGGAGCGCCCACUGCUGACCACUGCCAAACCCACCCCGUCCGCCCUCCCCCUGGAUUCCAGCCCCUUCAGCAACUCUUCCCGCAGCUGUUUCCCCCUCAGCAGAUGACCCUGCAGCCCGGGCUCAACCCACUUCAAAUGCCCACUGUGCCAUCCGUGAACCAAAUGAACGUCGUACAGGAGGGCAUCCCUCCACCCAUUAUUCUGUUCCUUCCCCCUGGACAGCCCGCCCCACCCUUCCUGAUGCCAGCAAACUUACCUGGGGGUGGCCCGUUGUGGCCUUCCACCCCUCUCCGCAGGGACAAUUUUCAAGCCAAUCUGAGUCCAAACAGCGCUGUUCCUGGUUUCUCAGAAACACCACUGAUCUACAUGAAGUCCCAGCGCUGGAUGCAGCCUUCAUAACGCACCUUUUGAUCUGAAUGACUGCAAGAUGUUCAUGUCAUACAUGACCCAGUGUGAUAGCCAACAACACAACAAAGUGAUAUUUGACUCCCUUUGGGAGAUGUUACUUUAGGCUCCGUGUGCACUCCUCUCUAAAGCAUCAAACCUGCAACUUUUGCCAUAAUAAAUCUUUCCGAGAAGCAGCUGGUGAUAAUUGAGAUGGUAUUUUCGCUGUUUGUUUGUUCUGAAGGUCAGUUUUUAUUGCCUUAGUAGGCUUAUUGUGGACUGCACAGUAGAGGGCAGAAACAGAUGACAUUAAUACUGAAUUAGACGUAGGAGAGUUAGAGACAGAGUGUGAUAGAGAGAGAGAGAGAGAGAGAGAGAGCUUGAGGGAAAGGGACGCCUGUGGCAAUCUGCUCAGAAGGUCUUGGGUUCAGGCACCAGAUAACUGCUGUAUUACACUUUGUGGUGCAUCGCCAUUGAAUGAGAGAAUGCAUGAGUGAAUUAAUUAAUGGUAUGCAUGGGUCCAUAAAAUGUCAUAUUUAAUGCAUUUUAAGACAGGCCAGAGAAGAAUGCUAAACAAUUAAUACAAUUUAAUAAACUUUACUAUCUUGACAAUUGAGCUCAUUUAUAAAUGGAUUUUCCUUAAAAAGACCAUUACACAAAUUACUGUAUUCUCUUGUCAGCACACAUCAGAGAAAGAUAAUGCAGGCCAUUUAAGACGUGCCCUAUUUGAAAAAAAAGUUUCUCAGUGCAUACCUCUCUUCUCCGUCCUUUUGAAAAUUGUCAAGGAACGAUGUCAUGCUAAAAUCAAUGGGACAAGAAUUCAGUAUGCUUGCUUAAAUAUAUUCAUACCUGUUUAAGCCAUUAGCCUCAGUGAAAGUCAUUAUUUCUGAGUGGUUGAAUUGUUUCCUGUGAAUUAUGAAUCUUGGAAGCAGAGGGGUUGAAAGAAUUCAGAAAGAUGACCUGGUUAAUUUGUUUCCCAGAAGACAAUGUCAUGUGACCAGUAGCUAAUUAAAUUCCUUUAUGCAA